GAUAAUCUUCACAGUAACCAGACUAUGUAGCUUGCUCAUUUGUCUGAUUAUUGCUCAUUGACUCAUAAUUUUUCUGUUCUAAAUGGUUUUGGGUAAAUGGAAUCAUUGGAUCCCAAACUUCACCUCUAGUUACAUUUUGGAGCCCCAUGUUAAAAAACUAAUAAUAGAACUUAUGUCUCCUAAAGAUGCUGUUUGGAAUAUGUUGAUUGCAUGCACAAUUUCCAUUUAUAGUUGAUCCUAUCUUUGAGAAAGUAUUGAUGAAAGCAACAUUCAGGUAGAGGCACUCUCCAGUGGCAAGAGUGAAACAAAACGUUUUUUGAAAUUGCAAGAGCAAAGAAACCUUCUUUCAACGAUCAUCUAAAAGCAAGAUUGUUUAUGUUAUUUUUUGCUUGCAAUAAUGAAUGAUGAUCAGGGAAACAUACUUCUUGUAGUAUAAGGGCAUAAUAAUAGGGACUGCUUUUGUUGUGAACUUUUCCUUAUUCAAUGGGUAUUUACGGAUGAUUUGAGCAUCAGACAGCUUCUAAAUGGCAAUGUUUAUUUUAUUUUAUUUUACUUUGGGAGGUGGUGGUUUUGGUUAAGGAAAUUUGCACUCUUAGGCCACUGGAUUAGUUGCUGUUGCAUACUUGUGAUUACAUUUGUAAUUAUGUUUUCUCCGUUUGGCCAGGUCUUGGUUGAUGUUUACGCAGACCCAAACCUACUGGUGGCAUAUGUUCCAGAGGAGCAUCUGACUGCCCCAGAUAAACCAGACAUCAGAAGGUUUGAUCAUCCCUAUAUUUCCUUCCUAUUUUAUGGGAUGGAUUCUGCUGGGGAUUUCAUUCCCAUCAAGCAGCUACGUGAGAAGUAUAACAGACCCCGACAUGAAGUUCCUUAUGAUCCACAAGAUGAUGAGAGUGGAGGUGAUGCUUAAGAAAAUUAUUCUCAUACCCUGUCAGUACUAUAAAUAUCCUCAUAGAAUUGCCUAGAAUCCCCUGUUUUUGCAUGUCACCUCAUUUUUGUAAAAUUCCUUAAACCUUCUGCAGCAGUUAGAGAUACCUGCAGGUUGUAAAUCCUAUCCUAAGCUCUUCUGAUUGCUUUAUGACUCCAACUCUAAUAGAUGAUAAUUAGUUUGUUCAAUAGACUGGAGAAGCAAUUUAAGGUUUACUUUGGAGUUGCUUCCACUUAGAUUGGGCAACGCUGGUUUGUAGGUCCAAUUCUUUGUGUUUGUUAAUGUAGGACUGUAGCUGGAGCAUUCAAGAGUUAUUCUUGCAGUAGAAGUAGAAUCUAAACUUUGUUAGCAUCCUUGUUGUGGGAGAGCAAUGAAAAGCAUUUAGGAUCACAUGUAGAGCAAAGAAAAAAUGGACGACAGGGCCAAAUUGUAAGUAAUGAGAAUGUUGUAAAAGAAUGGCAAAACCAUAUACUUUAGGGCCCUCCUGCCCAAUUAUUGUUGUUGAACGGAUGGAAUACCUUAUUAUUAUAACAAAUAAAAGUUAAAUUAACAU